CUCACUGCUAAUUAUGAUCAGUUUCAGGUAGAGGCACAAUAUGGCAGCUCCCAAGAAUUUCUAUUUUGUGAUUGUUGGACAUAAUGACCAGCCGCUUUUUGAAAUGGACUUUCCAAUUACUGAAAAGAAGUCAAAGGAGAUGGAGAACAGCAGACAUCUUAACCAAUUCAUAGCUCAUGCCGCUCUCGAUAUUGUCGACGAACAAGCUCUAACCAGCAAUCAGAUGUAUUUGAAGUUAGUCGACAAAUUCAAUGAGUGGUUCGUUUCUGCUUUCGUGUCGGCUGGUCGGAUUCGAUUUUUGAUGCUUCAUACUCAACGCUGUGAUGAGGGCAUCCGUCAGUUUUUCCAGGAAAUGUACGAGACUUACAUCAAGUACUCGAUGAAUCCUUUCUAUACAAUUAAUUCUCCUAUAAGAUCUCCUGCAUUCGAACAGAAAGCUGCACUCUAUGGUCGCAAAUAUCUAGUAUGAUUUUUCAACGUUGUUAUUUACUUUUUUGAUACGGGUAAAAAUGUGAUAAGUAUUGAUAA